UUUAUUUUUUUCUUCUUUAUAACAAACAAGAAACAUAUUCUAUCUUUGUGUGGGAAAAGUAUAAAAUUAUUUUCACCACAAGAAUAUGUUUGAUCAAGAACAAGAUCCUAUCUCUUAAAAAUUUGAAGGAAUCGAACCCCAUUCUUAAUUCCACAUUAAUUGUCUAUAUUAGCUAGUAGUAAAUUGUGGUCAUUUUAUAAAAGAAAGGGCCAUUUUUGCAAAGAUUUAUGGCUUUGGAGAAGUUCAAACCUCAUCUUCUUAUGAUUUUAGUACAAAUUUGCUACACUUUUCUUUAUUUCAUUACUGAAGCUUCAUUCAGCCAUGGGAUGAACCCUCAUGUCUACGUAACUUGUCGAAACAUUGUGGGAGGUCUAGUUAUGUUACCGUUCGCGUAUUUUCUCGAGAGAAAAAAGAGACCAAAGUUAACUAUGGCUUUGCUAUUGGAGUUCUUUGUGCUUUCUCUUAUGGGAGUGAGUUUAACAUUAAACAUGUACUUUGUGAGCUUCACUUUCACAUCUCCAACAUUUAUAGCUUCUAUGCUCAACACUAUUGCUGCACUCACCUUUGUAUUGGCAGUAAUCCUCAGGUUGGAAAUUGUUAAUGUUGGAGACCCUAGAGGAAUAGCAAAAAUCAUAGGAACACUUGUUUCUUUGGCUGGAGUUAUGAUUAUGACAUUGUACAAAGGAGCAAUUUUGAAGAAUUUAUGGCAUCCUAUUAUAUAUAUUCAUCAAGGAAACAAUGUUGUCAAGGAAGAUUGGGUCAAGGGCUCAAUUUUAACUGUUGCUAGUUGCAUUACAUGGGCCAUAUGGUACAUCAUGCAGGCUUACACAUUAAAAAGAUAUCCAGCACAAUUGUCAUUGACAACAUGGGUGAGUUUUGUUGGAGCAGCACAAUCAGCUUUCUACACAGUCAUAGUACAACAUAAAAGAGCUGCUUGGACUAUUGGUUUCAACAUUGAUUUUUGGUCUACAAUAUAUGGGGGUAUAGUUAUUUCUGGUUUGGUGGGCUAUAUUCAAUUGUGGUGCACAGAGCAAAAGGGACCUGUUUUUGUGACUAUGUUCAAUCCACUAUCAACUAUAUUAGUGGCACUUCUAGCAUACUUUGUGUUUGGGGAAAAGCUAUAUAUGGGCAGCAUCAUAGGAGCAAUAAUUGUCAUUGUUGGUCUUUACUUGCUCUUGUGGGGAAAAGAAGAUCCAAAAUCAGAGAGAAAGGAUGAAGAAAAAUGCUGCACAACAAAAAAAGAAUUACAUCAUGAAGACGAUAUGAUGCUGAAAUUCACAUCAGAUGCUAAUCCCAAGGAUACUAAAAAAACAAAACAAUAAAAAUAAAGACAAAAAUUCAU